AUGCUGUAUACAGUGAACCGUAAAUUUUUACCGAGUGCCUUCCAGAUUCUGCAAUAUGACAUCCGAUCCCGGAAGCCGUUACUAAUCAAAGACCACCAAACAAGUUUACCGAUAACCAAAAUCGAUUUUGUGCCCGAACAGCGUCUUGUUCUAAGUAUGGAUAUGCGUGUGCUGAAAAUGUGGCAUGAAACAAACGGAAAACCAUUUGCGGCAAUUGAACCGGGAACAGCACUGAAUGAUUUCUGUCGAUAUCCUAAUUCUGGACUGUUAUUUUUUGCAAACGAGGCCCCGAAAAUGUUGCAGUAUUUUGUGCCCGCAAUUGGCACAGCUCCAAGAUGGUGCUCUUAUCUCGAAACAAUCACUGAAGAACUGGAAGAAACAGAGCAACCAGCAGGUAGUGUUUACGACAAAUUCGUGUAUGAUGACUAUAAGUUUGUCACGGCCGAACAACUGGAAGAAAUAGGCCUAUCACAUCUUAUUGGAACGAGCCUUUUACGUGCCUAUAUGCAUGGAUACUUUAUUGAUAUUCGAUUGUACAAUAAAGCGAAAACAUUCACACAACCAUUUGCUUUUGAGAAUUACAAACAGCGAAAGAUAAUGGAAAAAAUAGGUGAUGAACGUUCUCUUCGAGCAACAUCUGCGAUGCGAAAGAAGCCAAAAUUGCCAGAUGUUAAUAAAGAAUUGGCUGCCAAACUAUUAGCAGAAAUGUCUUUGACAAAAGUGGAAAAAAUUGAUAAAAAGACCAGGAAAAAUGCCGCUCAGGCGAGUUCUGUUUUAUCCGAUAAGCGAUUUGGUGCACUGUUUGCGAAUCCUGAUUUUCAAAUUGAUGAAAACAGCGAGCAAUACCAGCGGAUUAUACCGGCUUUGAAAAAGUUAGAGGGAAAACGGCAGAAACUGACAAAUACGAAUAGUGACGACGCAGAUGAACACAGUGAUGAUGAGGUUAUUCCUAGCUGUUUUUGA